GGUACAUGGAGUUUUUCUUCUCUGCUGACGAACCGCUGCGAGCUGUCAGGACUGGCAUCAGGUCGCCUCCUGCUUCAUACCUGCUGCCUUCAGGUGCUCCACACGAGAGCUUCAGCUAGAGGUCCACACGACCCUCCAUCAGCCUCCACCAGCCUCCACCCGGCAGGAUGGGGCGCAGCUACAUAGUGGAGGAGGCCGUGGAGGGAUAUCUGACGAGACAGUGUGAACAACAAGCAGGUCCAGUCACAGGCCUGCUGAUUGGACAGAGCUCAACCCAGAGGGAGUUUGUCGUCAUGGCAACCCGGACGCCCCAGAGGGAGGAGCCUCCCGCAGCCGCCGCAGACUCUCCGGAUAAGGAGUGGGUGACGGAGCACGCUCGACAGGUGUCCCGGAUGCUGCCCGGCGGCCUGUCUGUGUUGGGAGUCUUUAUCGUCACCGACGUCGACGCCAAGGACACGCUCACCACACUCCGACAGCUCGUCUUCGCCGUGGAGAAGCUGAUCUCCUCCGAGCGUCUGUGGAGCCUCGCGGACGACGACGUCGCCGACUGCGUCGCGCUGCACGUCAACCCCAAAACCAGGAAAACCUUCUGCAGAACCUUCGACAUCAAAGACCCCAAGAGCGUGGCCAAGCCCGCCGACUGGCGGUACCAGGCGGGCGUGAGCUCCUCCUGGAGCUCGGUGUCCUGCAGCCUGAGCGUGGACCUGUUGGUGCCGCUGCCCGACGACAGCACCGGCCUGGAGGCCAUGGAUACAUGUCUAAAGGUGCCUUCACACCAAAAGCAAAACUAUUUUUCACGUCGCCCAAAACGCGAGGGACUCAGAGUGUGGGCGCGCCAGCUGGAAGGCGGAGUUUGCCUCCUCAACGGCAGGAAGCUGGCGGAGGACUGUGAGCUCGCAGGAGGACAGAAGAGGAACGUGAGACAGGCGUACACGGCUCAGCUGCUCGUCACGCCGGAUGAGCGGAGGUCCCCAGACGCGGUCCGGCGGUGUGGCGGCGGCCUUCGGCUCCGGGGGGCCGUCCACAGCAGAGCGUACCUGCACAGCAACAAACCCAAAGCCAAGCUGGCCGAGAAGCUGCUGAAGAGAGACGCCGUGUCUACGGUGGCCACGAGGGCUCAGAUGCUGCUGGAGGAGCUGCUGACGGCAGACGGGGAGAGCAGACAUCAGAGAGAGUUCUGUCUCCCCCGUCGAGUCUUCUGCCCGGUGACGGCGAGCGGGCCGGUGUGCGUGUGCGACUACCUCUUCGGUGACGAGGGCCUGGCGGAGGUGACCGACCGGCUGAAGGAGAUGCUGGACAUCGACGCCCAAGAGGGAGACCUGGACACCAGGCAGGAAACGCCCGCUGAGGUCCGAGAGAGAGAGGCGGCGGCAGAGCCCACCGAGGAAGCCAUUGAAGCGCCGGAGCCCAAGAAGAGCAGCUACAUUGGUGUUGCCAUGACUACCGUCGUCGCCCUUCUUGCCGCAGCUGCCUCGAUGCUCUACGUGAACGACGUUUGACGCUCACAGAUACACACACGGUUAAUAAAGCUUUGUUGUUAAGAUUU